AUUUAUUAAAACGUUUGCCUGUAUCGUUCCUUCGACUCGAUAUUAUAGAAAUAAUAAAAUGAAGAAUAACAAUCUAUAAAAAGAAAAGCUGAAGACCAUGCUUUCGCCUCCUCAUAUUACGUCACUGCACCCCCCCCGAAGUGAAACGUGGUUUCAACAAGGUCCGCUCUCAAGCUAUCUGUAGUGCAGUCUUCUCGACUGUAUCAAACAUUUUUGUUCGCGUUUAUCGAAACCUAGAACGUUGUCAUGUCCGGUCGAGGAAAAGGCGGCAAGGGGCUUGGGAAAGGUGGCGCAAAACGUCACCGUAAAGUUCUCAGAGAUAACAUCCAGGGAAUUACAAAACCAGCUAUUCGCCGUUUAGCACGCCGCGGUGGUGUGAAGCGUAUUUCGGGUCUUAUAUACGAGGAAACACGAGACGUACUUAAAGUUUUCCUCGAGAACGUCAUCGACGCUGUGACCUACACAGAACACGCCAAGCGCAAGACAGUGACCGCUAUGGACGUGGUGUACGCUCUGAAGCGUCAAGGACGUACGCUGUACGGUUUUGGUGGUUAAAUAUCACCCGGACGGUUCAUUUGGAAAAACAAAGGCUCUUUUAAGAGCCGCCCAAAUAUUCGUUUGAAAAGAGCAAAUUUGAAAAAAAAAGCUGUUCUAUCGUUUUUUCUGGGCUGGUUUGUAAAUUUUCAAAAGCAAACCAUUUGUGGUUUCUUUAUAAUUAACACAAUAUCAUAUUUAUACAAUGCAUUCAUUUUUAAGUGUAUAAUAUGCCUAAUUUUCCACACACCGAUGUAUCCAGGUUCAAUAUAGCCUAUACUUUAAAAAAAAAGUAGCUACAAAUGUUUCUUCACAGAGAUGCCAUAUAAGAACCAUUUUGGUAACCCCCAUUCAGCCAAAAAUGGUUCUUCUAUGGCAGGCCCCCCCAUUGUAUUCAACAAUAUUCAAAGGCUCCUCUCUCACUAUCCUAUAUAAUAUUUUAGAGCUUGGCAUUAACGUUUAUUCAUCAGCCAAAUAAUAAUAAUAUUUUGUUCUUAAGCUUUUGUAAAUGUAUUUCAAUGCUUAUUUUAUCUAAUAAAAAACAGUCAUCUUGAAGCCUCCUUGAAAGUCAACUGGGGCACCCUGUUGAAAACCACUUUUUAUGACAUCGCUGUGAAGCACUCUUUUAAGAGUGUAGAAAAUUCUAACAAUAAAGAGGUUCGAUGAUUAGCAGUAAAAAUUAUAAAGAAUGAUUCACUGUCUAAUAAAAAUGUAGCAAUCUUACUCAUCACCUGUAAUAAAUGUAACUAUCUAGCACUGAUUAUGUUCACACUGCAUAGACAGAGGAGAACUGAGUUAAAAGUUUUUCUACAGACAUUAUGUUUGUUCCCCGAGGAACUAACAAAUUUGGUAAGCCAUAUUUUUCUUAUAAAUAUAAAAUAUAACAGCUCAAUUAAGACUGCGAUGUAAUACAUUAGUGGAAUAUUUUGUGUCAAGCUGCUGUGAGAAGCACUAAUGUUACAUAAAGGAAAUUUGCACAUUCAAGUCUUGCUGUAUAAGUAUCAUGGACUUUGGUUGCUCAAAAUUCUACAGUUUGUGUAUUUAAAAAAACGUUGAAUGCAACACAACAAAAUGAAGGAAGAAAAAAGUUAAAAGACAACUAGUACUCUUAUUUUAAGAUUUUGUGACUUGCUAACUGUUUACACCCUACACUCACAAACUAACCUCUCAGAUUUUGCCUCAUUGUUUUAAGUCAUACAAAGCUCUUCCCAACAAUGUUCAAAUCUGGUUUA